GGUUGACUUUCAUGUGCAAUCAAGCUUUCACCAAAACAGAAAGCUCGCCGCAACACCUCCGAGCACCACCAACAUCACGUCGCCAACAUGGUCUCGCGCUGGGCAGAUACAGAAGAAGACAAGGCGGAAGACGCGCGGAGAAAAGCAGAGAAGGAAGAGAAGAAGCGUUUGAAAGCUGAGAAACAGCGGAAAGCAGAGGAGGCACAGCGGGCGGCAGCAGCGAGGGCAAAUGGACAAGGCGAAGAUGAGUCGGGACGGCCAGCAAAGAGACGCAGACUAUCGCAAGAUGGCGAAUCAGGAACAGCAGAGGCACCGCAAGAACGGAAGUUGAUGCAGUUCCAUGCGCCAACAUGGCAACCCACGAGAUCCAUUGAGCGAUUCGACCUGCUCAACCACAUCGAAGAAGGCAGCUAUGGCUACGUCUCACGCGCCCGAGAAGAAGCCACAGGUGAAAUCGUCGCAAUCAAGAAGCUCAAAAUGGACGCCAUCAGAGACGGAGGAUUCCCCGUUACAGCGAUACGAGAAAUCCAAACCCUCCAAGCAUCAAAACACCGCCACAUCGUAACCCUCCGCGAAAUCGUGACCGGCUCAAACGACACCGCUCCAGAAGUCUUUCUCGUCAUGGACUUCCUCGAACACGACCUCAAAACCCUCCAAGAAGAAAUGGACGAACCCUUCCUCCCCUCCGAAACCAAAACCCUCAUGCUGCAACUCUGCAGCGCAGUAGACUUCCUCCAUUCAAAUUGGAUCCUCCACCGCGACCUCAAAACGAGCAAUAUCCUCAUGAACAACCGCGGAGAAAUCAAACUCGCCGACUUCGGCAUGGCGCGUUUUGUGGGAGAUCCAGCACCUUCAAAUCUCACCCAACUCGUUGUAACACUGUGGUAUCGUGCCCCAGAACUCCUACUCGGCACAACAACCUACGACUCCUCCAUCGAUGUCUGGAGUCUAGGUUGUAUUUUUGGUGAACUUGUGACUGGAGAACCUCUUUUCCCAGGGAAAAAUGAAGUUGAUCAAUUAAGCAAGAUCUUCUCCCUCUGCGGCAUCCCCACAACCACAACCUGGCCAAAUUUCAAACGUCUCCCCAACGCCCGAACUCUGCGCCUCCCUUCAUCAUCCUCUCCGGCAGCCCAACCUACCUUCCGCACAAGAUUCCCUACUCUCCCAUCCCAAGGUCUCGCGCUCCUCACCUCCCUCCUCAGUCUGAAUCCUGAUUCUCGUCCAACCGCGAAACAAAUUCUCGAACAUCCAUACUUCAUCUCCGAAGCUCCAAGGCCGAAACCAACUGCGAUGUUUCCUACUUUCCCGUCGAAAGCGGGUCAAGAACGACGAAGGAGGAAACGAGAGACGCCGAAUGCGCCGCAGAGAGGGGCUGCGCCGGGGUUGGGGGGACAAGGACAGGUGGAUUUCAGUUCGAUUUUCGCGGGGAGGGAGGAAGAAGUGAAAGGAGCGGGAUUCCAGUUGAAAGUUGGGUAAAGAACGAAGGUUUACGAAUAGAUGAAAGUGAACGAAGGAGGAC